AUGGACCAUCGGAACACUUUUCCUUCCCAGCAGGGGCAGGCUUCACUCGUCGAAAAAUCCCCCGCCACCUGUUCCCAACGGCACGGAAAACCUGGAGAUCCCAAGGGUUGCACUCUGUCCCUCCUCGACCUACCAAGCGAACUGCAUAUACAGCUCCUGUCCUGGCUGAACUUUCGUGACCUCCAAAUGCUUCGUGCUACAAACAGCUAUUUUCGCAACCUACCCUCAGAGGCGGAAAUCGCCCGUAUCCGACGCAGCUACCUCAGUGAUCUUGCUCGUGCGGAGAUAGAAGAAGUCGCCAGAUCCACAACCCUCACGCUAUCACGAUUCUCAGCCAAUGAGGCCGACAACGAGACCAAAUUCAUUUCCCCACAGCGUUUGACAUGCUACAGCUGUCUCCGGGAUCUACCAAUUCGUGCCUUCUCUAGCACACAAACAACGCGACGGCGAGGGAAGGGACACGCAGAUGCCGCUAAACGCUUCUGUGCCGAUUGUGCUCUCCGUCUCCACAAAUGGGAGCCAGGGAUCACUCUCUCGUUCUCUUGGGGUGAAGCGGUAUAUUGCCGGCGGUGUCGCGAAUUGAAGCCAUUACGUGAGAAUGAGACCGAGUGGGCGAGGAUUUUUGGUUUGUGUGAAGGUUGUCGAACUCUGCUAGGGAUUCCGGAUUGGCAUCAGCAUGGUGAAGGAGAAGGGGCGCAAGGAUUUUGGUAUGGAGCGAAAGAGCUGCUAGAUCGCACUUUUGCGGAAAGAGGUAGGAGAAUUGGGGAGAAGGACAUAGAGGAUAUGUGGGAGGAGCUGAGGGCAAAAAUUGCUGAGUUGAGAUUAUCGGAGGAAUCAUAA